AUGGCAUCACUACUGAGCUACAUUGGCCUGGGUGGCUCGACCACCCCCACUACUCCUCCAGAGAAGUCCGCUGUUCGCGCACUGCCUGCCAACUGGUACACAUCAGAAGAGAUGUACCAACUGGAGAGGCGUGCGAUCUUCUCACGACGCUGGCUGCUCCUCACCCAUAAGUCAAGAUUUACCACUCCCGGUGACUACCUUCGCUACAGCGUAGCCAACUACGAUAUUGUUGUCGCAAAGGACCGACAAGGCGAGAUUCACGCAUUCCACAACGUCUGCCGACACCGGGCCUACCCUGUAGUCGAACAAGACAAUGGUAACGCUAAGAUAUUCUCUUGUAAAUACCACGGGUGGUCAUAUGGUCUCAACGGGAACCUCGCGAAGGCUCCAGGAUACCAAGACCUUCCUGCCUUCGACAAAGCCGAGAACGGCCUGUUCCCGAUCCAUGUUCGCCUCGACAAAAAUGGUUUCGUAUGGAUCAACAUGGACUCAAAAGAAGUACCUGAGGUUUCCUGGGAGGAGCAAUUCGACACAGUUGACGAGCAAGAGCGACUGACCGACUUCAACUUUGACGACUACGUGUUUGACCACACAUACAACAUGGAGAGCAACUUCAACUGGAAAAUUCUCGCGGACAACUUCAACGAAUGCUACCACUGCAAGACGACACAUCCCGAUCUUCCUGCCAUCGCCAAUCUGGAAACAUAUGAUGUCAACUGUUCAGCGGACCAUAUUCAGCAUGACCCGAAGACUACAGAUGAGCAACGCGCAGCUGGUUUCGGCAUCUGCUCAACGUACAUGUUCCCUAAUGUCUCAUUCACAGUCACACAAUCCACUAACAACGACAUCAGCUCCACAUUUAUGAUGAUGCAGAAGUUCAUGCCGAAGGCUCCUGGGGUAUCGGUCAUGUACUACGAACUCUGGCGCAACAAGAACGCCACCGAAGAAGCGUUCCAUGCCAUCGCCGACCUGUACGCGCGCGUCAUGAAGGAAGAUAAGGUGCUUUGCGAGCGCGCACAAGCCAACAUCAACGCCGGCCUGUUCAUCAACGGCGAGCUACACCCCCACAUGGAGAAGGGACCUCUCUUUUUCCAGAAGCGCUGCCGAGAAGUUGUCAUGGAGCACAGUGCUCGCGAAAAGCGCGAGGGCCGGCAAAUCUGGCCCGCGAAGCAACAGCUCAAGAAGACUGGCAACAGCGCCAUCAGCAACGAAGAUGUGGCUUUCUGCGAGGGCCUUGCAUGUGGUAACGACAACGAUAAGAGCGAUUUGGCUUGGUAA